UUGUACUCAUUUUUUUUGAAAUAUUUGUUAGGUAGACAUGGAGGAGUAUGACACGUUGGAUGUCCCCACAAUGGUAAAUUUGAAAUCUGUACCGUUCAUGCGAUUCUUUCUUCCUCUAUAUAUAGUGAAUACUUCCACACACUCUGUUUCAUCAUUAAAUCUCCUUGUCUUCGGCUUUCAUCCAAAUCAACAACAAUCUUCCUCUGCUUCAUCAUUUUUCUCACUCUUUUUCUUCCUUUUUGUCUUUGAAACUUUGUCAUCACCAAUGGCUUGCUUAGAGGUCUGCAAAGAGGGGAAGUUCAAAGAAGAAACAGAAGAGUUAACUCUUGAUGGGAGUGUUGAUUGGCAUGGUCGCCCAUCAAUCAGAGCCACAUCCGGGAGAUGGUUUGCCGGAACUAUUAUACUCUUGAACCAAGGUCUAGCAACCUUAGCAUUCUUUGGAGUUGGAGUGAACCUAGUUCUGUUCUUGACAAGGGUGUUGGGUCAAGAUAAUGCUGCUGCUGCUAACAAUGUCAGCAAGUGGACUGGCACAGUUUACAUCUUCUCUCUUGUUGGUGCUUUCCUUAGUGAUUCUUAUUGGGGAAGAUACAAAACAUGUGCUAUCUUUCAAGGCAUUUUUGUAACCGGUCUAGUAUCUUUGUCCGUUACAACAUACCUUGCUUUGCUUAGACCAAAAGGUUGUGGAAAUGGAAAACUUGAAUGUGGGGAACAUUCAAGUUUGGAAAUGGGAAUGUUCUACCUAUCAAUCUAUCUGAUUGCCUUAGGAAAUGGAGGGUAUCAACCAAACAUUGCAACAUUUGGUGCUGACCAAUUUGAUGAAGAUCACUCAAAGGAGAGUUAUUCAAAAGUGGCAUUUUUUAGCUACUUUUACUUGGCAUUGAACCUUGGUUCACUUUUCUCAAACACUAUUUUGGGCUAUUUUGAAGAUGAAGGAUUAUGGGCUCUUGGGUUUUGGGCUUCUGCUGGGUCUGCCUUUUUGGCUCUUGUACUUUUUCUUGUUGGCACCCCAAAAUAUAGACACUUUAAACCUUGUGGCAAUCCUCUUUCUAGAUUCUGCCAAGUGUUUUUCGCUGCUUCAAGGAAAUUGGGAGUUCAAAUGACUUCAAAUGGAGAUGACUUGUAUGUCAUAGAUGAAAAGGAGUCUUCUAACAACUCCAACAGAAAGAUUCUCCACACACAUGGCUUCAAGUUUUUGGAUAGGGCAGCUUAUAUAACUUCAAGAGAUUUAGAGGUCCAAAAAGGAGGCCAACAUAACCCAUGGUAUCUGUGUCCUAUUACUCAAGUUGAAGAAGUAAAAUGCAUACUAAGACUUCUUCCAAUUUGGCUUUGCACAAUAAUCUACUCAGUAGUUUUCACUCAGAUGGCUUCCCUUUUUGUGGAGCAAGGUGCUGCAAUGAAAACCACAAUUUCCAGUUUCAAAAUACCACCAGCAAGCAUGUCUAGCUUCGAUAUCCUCAGCGUAGCCAUCUUCAUUUUCUUCUACCGUCGAGUACUUGAUCCACUCGUCGGAAAACUCAAAAAAUCAAGUUCCAAGGGACUCACUGAACUUCAAAGAAUGGGAAUCGGUCUCGUUAUAGCUAUAAUCGCAAUGGUUACAGCUGGAAUAGUUGAAUGUUACAGGCUUAAGUAUGCAAAACAAGGUGACACAAGCUCUCUAAGUAUCUUCUGGCAAAUUCCUCAGUAUGCACUUAUAGGAGCUUCUGAGGUUUUUAUGUAUGUAGGACAAUUAGAAUUUUUCAAUGCUCAAACACCUGAUGGAUUAAAGAGCUUUGGAAGUGCACUUUGCAUGACAAGUAUCUCACUUGGGAACUAUGUGAGUAGCUUAAUUGUUAGUAUUGUUAUGAAGAUUUCAACUGAAGAUCACAUGCCAGGAUGGAUCCCUGGAAACUUGAAUAGAGGUCACUUGGAUAGGUUUUUCUUCCUAUUGGCUGUUUUGACUUCUUUAGAUUUGAUUGCUUAUAUUGCAUGUGCAAAGUGGUUUCAGAAUAUUCAGAUGGCAUGCAAAUAUGAUAACAAUGACGAGCCUAGUAGCUGCAAAGUUUAAUCAUUUCCAAUAUGGAGAAGUUUUAACAUUAUAUAUUAUGAAUAAGAGAAGGAAGGGAGCAAGUACUAUUGAAGAAAAUGUGAUGGUUUGGAUCAAGAGAAUGCCUUUUUACAUGAGUCUCUUUAACUGUAUUCAGUAUAGUUUUUACUCCUGACUAAGAUUUUCAGUUUAUGUACUUUGAAAUUCAUGGUUGUAUCCAUGGUUGUAUAAAUUGAACUUUUUGAAGAGACAAUGAUAGUUUUAGGGCCUCUCUUAGUCUUCCUUGUUCCUUCUUUCAUUUUUUGUAAGUUCCAUUGCUAAUGGUGGACAUGUUAAUAUGUUAUUUUGA